AUGGAUUCCUUGGAUAUACCACCGAGUGAACCUCCGCCACCACCACCGAAGCCGGCGAGACCCAAGAUCACCAUCACCAUGCCGACCCCCACAGCGAGAGCCCCGACCACCCCCUCCUCGAUACACUGGGGCCAGACGAAGUACUACGGCAAGAUGCCCCAGACCCCCAUAUCCCAUAUAUCCGACCCCCAUUCCAACCCCUAUUUCAACCCAUUCGUGCAUAUGUAUCAUAACAAGGCGUCGGAGUUCAUGUUUAAGCAGUUCGAAGGCUUCAAAGACUUUACUAUGAAUACGGCGAAAAGUGGACUCAGUGCGGGUGAAAAGACGGCUUUCUGGUUCUAUAAUAAGUUGAAGUUGUGGUCUAAGAAGUGGUUCACGCAUUUCUUUUUGACGUUGUGCUUGUUCCUGUACAGUAUUCUUGGUGCGAUGAUGUUUCAGGCGUUGGAGAGUCCAUAUGAAGAAAAAUAUAACAAAAACAUCUCGAUGGUUAGAAGAGAGAUGGCCGUCAGUAUACAUAAAACGUUGCUGGAAGACAAAACAGUAAUAAAGGAUAACAACGAUCUUCUAUCACUUGUUGAGCAGAACUUGGCAACGUACGAGGAGAGUUUCAAGGAGUAUUUGAAGCACGUCAAUGGAAAUAAUAAGACCUGGACCUUCUGGAAUUCUAUGUUUUAUGCUGGGACAAUUUAUACCACUAUAGAAUGUUGUGACCCCGAUAGUGAUCAAGCUUAUUCUAACUGCGGAUCCGAAAUGGCUACGUUAUCGAUAACUAGAAGCUAUGAGUGA